AUGGCUCUCCAUCAUGUGAUCAUCGUGAUUGUCGAUGCUGUUAACCGCUCUACGACGUCGGAGCGAUCGAUAUUUCUAGCUAUUGAAGAGAAGUUAAUUUAUGCAAAGGAUUAUGAUGGCAACACGGAGGCACAACUUAAUGCUUUUUCGAGCGCGGCUUGA